AUGGCUUCAAACAGCAUAUUUGAGUCAUUUCCUUCUUACCAACAGUGCUUCGUGCGAGAUACCAGCACCAGCCGCCGCUUCACGCCGCCCUCCACCACUCUGAGCCCGGGCAAGAUGAGCGACGCGCUGCCGCUGGUCGGCCAAGAGAACGGCAACAGCGCCCUGGUGGGGAAACUGAAAAACGCAGAUCGCAGCAUGGUGGAUGUCUUAGCCGAUCAUCCGGGAGAACUGGUCCGCACCGACAGCCCCAACUUCCUCUGCUCUGUCCUGCCGACCCAUUGGAGGUGCAACAAGACUCUGCCGAUCGCUUUCAAGGUGGUUGCAUUAGGAGAUGUCCCUGAUGGGAUUUUGGUUACAGUUAUGGCUGGAAAUGAUGAAAACUACUCUGCAGAACUCAGAAAUGCUACUGCUGCCAUGAAGAAUCAAGUAGCAAGAUUCAACGAUCUAAGAUUUGUCGGAAGAAGUGGAAGAGGGAAGAGCUUCACAUUGACUAUCACGGUCUUCACGAAUCCUCCACAAGUAGCCACGUACCACAGAGCUAUCAAGAUAACAGUGGAUGGACCUCGAGAACCAAGAAGACAUCGUCAGAAACUAGAUGAGCAGACAAAGACUGGAAGUUUGUCCUUUUCAGAGCGCCUGAGUGAACUGGAACAGUUGCGUCGCACAGCUAUAAGGGUUAGCCCACAUCAUCCAGCCCCGGCACCCAACCCAAGAGCUUCCUUGAACCACACAACUGCUUUUAAUCCUCAGCCUCAGAGUCAGAUUCAGGAUACAAGGCAACUUCAGCCAUCUCCUCCCUGGCCUUAUGACCCAUCUUAUCAAUACCUGGGAUCAAUUGCAACUUCUUCUGUUCAUCCAGCCACACCAAUUUCACCUGGAAGGGCUAGUGGGAUGACCUCCCUUUCUGCAGAGCUUUCAAGCCGGCUAACAAGUGCUUCUGACCUAACAGCGUUCAGUGAUCCAAGAGUAGGAAUUGAUCGUCCAUUUUCUGCCAUUCCUUCCAUUUCUGAUCCUCGUAUGCACUAUCCUGGAGCCUUCACCUAUACUCCAACCCCAGUCAGCUCAGGAAUAGGAAUUGGCAUGUCUGCCAUGACCACCGCCACCAGAUAUCACACGUACCUACCACCUCCCUAUCCAGGUUCUUCUCAGGCUCAAGGUAGCCCAUUUCAGACCAGCUCUCCUUCGUAUCAUCUCUACUAUGGAACAUCAGCAGGAUCUUACCAAUUCUCCAUGAUGUCUGGUGGUGAUCGGUCUCCCCCACGUAUUCUGCCUCCUUGCACUAAUGCUUCCACCGGAUCUACUUUACUCAAUCCCAACCUUCCAAACCAAAAUGAUGUUGUGGACACUGAAGGCAGUCAUAGCAACUCCCCCACCAACAUGGGGACCACAGCAAGAUUAGAAGAAGCAGUGUGGCGACCAUAUUGAAUUAUUAUUACAAGUGUCUAUUCUGGUAAUAUCCAUGCUUUUAUAUGUCAAAUGAGAGCACUGCCAUGUUUAUCUUUCACACAGAAUAACAAUCAGUUCUGAAGUCAGUAUUUCUGGAAAUAUUGCUAUGAUGUUCUCUGAUUUUGCUCAGUGAAGUGAUUACAUUCCCAUAGACUUUUUCCAAGUCUGAACUUCAGAAAAUAAUAACAUUUUAAGAUGGUAGUUCUGUUCACUCAUGUUGGCUAUAAAUCUGGAGAAGGAUAGAUACUCAGUCCAGAGUUUCAGACUUUGAAAUUUGAAGUAUUUUGUUUGACAUCUGGUGCUGAGGCAUUCAGUCUUACACAAUCUUAAAUAAUUUAAUCAAUCAUUUUGAUUUGUAAGUUAAAAGGAAGUAUACAACGAUUCUCAGAGAGAAACUGUGAAUGCUUCUAAUUUAGCAAUGCUGUGAAUAAGAGUUUUUAUAUCCUGGAAAUAAUUUUUUAAUCAAGUUGUAUAUCCCAAAGAAUACAGGAAUUGUUUUUAUUUUUAUUAUGUUUUUCAGCUGCAACUCAUCCUUCUUUGUGUAUCAUCUUCCUUUAUUGGCACCUUAAAAUCUGCAGAAAGAUUUAAUCCUUUUUUUUCUAAUGUGCUCGCUUUUCUCGUACUUUGUCAGCUAAGUGCAUCUAUAAAAGCCUCUUUUAUAGAAAAGUAAUUUAAUUUUUUUAAUAUAAAGGAGUGACAACCUACAGUCCUUCUCAACUACUGAAAAAGUACAUGAUGAGAUGUUCAAUAUUUAUGCUCUGCAUUGAACUUUUGUGUGUGAUACUUUUAUUUAAAUAAUGCUUUGCUUUGAAAAUAAGCACAUACAUUUUGUAGCAACCAAAGUUUAAAAUUAUUACAUAUAAAAUGGCUGGAAUAAUUAUGGAUAAUGUGAUUUUUAAUUAUUUAGAAAUAUUGUUUACAUUUAACUCCAUUUCAUUCUCAUCAAUAAUUUAAACAAAGUCACUUUUGUCCAAUUGAGAAGCCAGGUUUCUUUGAAAAUGUUAUGAUGAUAUAAUGUCUUUUAAUAAGAAGUUUAGGUUGUAUUUGCCGCAUUUGGAUGAUGACUUGGGCACUGGAAGCAAAGCUUUGUCUCAGAGUAUAUAUUUCAGAAUUUCUAGUACAGUAUGAUAUUUAUAUUCCAUCAACUUUCUUAAAGACGACAUAAAUGAAAAAAAAAUCAAACAACACACUAAAUAUUAGCAUUCUAAAUGACUAUUAAGUUCCACAUGAUGGUCAGAAUAUAGUACAUCCCAGCUUUUUCCCUUGCCCUAGAAGGAGAUUCAAAAAUUCAUUUAAGGCUGUAUCCUAAUCACAGUUUUGAAGACCCAAAUUCAUUGCAGUCCCUCCCCACAUAUGGCACACAAUCCAAAGGAUUUUCUAGCAAUCUUACAUAAUUGAAGUUCAAACAAAUAAUAACAAAUAUGGGAUUCUUCAUUCCAGGCAUAUAUACACUCAUUCACCUUCAGCUCCUCUGCACCCUUAUAGAAGAGAGGGGUGGGCAACGUGGGUACUACUGAAUCUGUUUUUGGUCACCUGAGUAACUCCCAAAGUCCCCACUAAAAUUCAGAUAAUUCAGAAUAUUCAGAUAUUCUGAUUUUCAGAGGAAAAUUAAUUAAAAAAUAUGCUAUAUUUAAAGUGCACUGGGAAAGAGGGGGAGCAAUCCAAAUGAGUAAAAUAAGAUCAAGGAACCUCAUCUACCACUCCAGAGAGGUGAUUUCACCACUCCCUGGAAACUAAAGUGUAAUUUAUGGACACACAAAUGUCUGUUCAUAACAUAUAAAGAAAAAUGCAGAUACCUUUUCUCUCUCUAGGAAAAGCACCCCACUCUUCCACUUUCAAUAAGUAGAUAGAGGCAUAGCAUAUACCAUAAAGUCCUAAGCAGCCCAACCCUGACAUCUUUCCAAUAUUCAAGCUUUCAGCCUUCCGAGGAUGCUUAUGGUCCAGAAAUAAACCCUUGAAGAAAAACUGGUUCAUAUGGAAUGUGGGCCUCCCAUCUGUAGGUGUGUUUAUGUUUGCAUAACCCACCCUGUAACUUGGUGUGCUUCUUCAUUUUAUAAAAUAACUCAACUUGGUAGUUGUUUCAAUAUGCCAUUGUUUUCUAAUACAUUUCAAACAUACAAGAUGCCACUUUAAAUGAAGCAGCACUAGUUUAUGUGGGAUCUGAAUGCAGUCGUACUCCUUAAGACCACCCAACGCUCUCAAUUUCUAUCAGAAGAAUUCAUAUCUAGGCACAUCCAUGAAUAAUGAAUAGCACACUUCUCUUCCAAUUUAUGCAGAAAUAAGUACCCUCUAUACUUACUUGAGAAUAAGCCCCAAUAAACACAAUUCACUAGCUUCUUCCAGAAACAUACUGGAUUAAAUCCAUUUUAGCACUCUAAGUUCUGAGAAUGUAACAAUAAAAAGCAUUGAGCUUGAGUUGGGUAAGAUUUUGGAGAAGCCAAUAAGCUUUAAGUGCUUGGUUGGCAUGUGCAAUGGUAUAGAUGUCAGCCAGGUUCAGAUGAAAAGUUGCAAAAGGCCAUGUGUAAGCACUUUGCAUGUAUUCAGAAUGCACUAAACUUACAAGAAUCGGGGAAGCUGCCUUAUACCAGAUCGGGCUACUUGUUUGCAUAGCCCAAUGUUACCUACUUCAGAAUCAGCCAAUAUUUCUGGCAUUGAGCACCAUUGGCAAAAUCUUUUGCAAUCUCCUGUGAUGUUGGUAUAAUUUCACAGGGUUCUCAUGAAGUUUUCAGCAAUUUUAAUUAUUGCUUUAAUUUGAACAAAAGUUACUUUGCGAGGAUCUAGAAGAUACCGUGCUAUUUAUAGACACCUUGUUGCUAAUGACUGAUGUGCUAUCAAUAACAAUUUUCCACGGUCAGAUGCUUUUCACAAUAGUUGCUAACCGUCCUUUCAGUUGGCAAUGUCAGCGAUUUAAACCAAGGUCCUUCUGUAUGCAAAGCAUGUGCUUCACCAGUGAGCUAUGACUCAGUUUUUGCAGGUGUGCCGGUUUCCUCUUACAUGCGUUCCAUUCUAUCCUUUCUUGUAGAAUAUAUCAUAAACAUUCAGAAAACAGUGAAGUGAUGUAGGAAAGUCUUAAGUUGAGAGCACUACAUCUAAUGUUUCAACUAUUACCUUUUCAUACCUUUCAAUAUCUUCCUGGAAGUAAACUCAUAUAGCACUCCCUAGAGUAAAAUGAAACAGUACUAACAAUUACUUAUUUCUUACUUUAUUUUAUUAAUCCUUUGUUAUCCCAGGUGAGCUCUUUGCCUAAUAUUUAAGAUGUCCUAAUUAAUUGCCUUCCUCCCCCUCCUCCCGUAAACUAACCAGAUUUGCUUUUCCAAACUGUCUUUCUCAUGACAUUGUCAGUAUUAGAAUUUUAUUGGCAGUCAGUCAGUUUAAAAGUGUAUAUUCAAGACUUCAAGUAUGGACUUGCUCAUAAGGCACAGAGAAUCUGCAUUUUUUUAACUUGAUAUCUUCCAGAUGUGUUGGAUUUCAUCUAUCAUCACUUUGGAUAACUGUAAUGGUUUCAUAAACAUUUUCAGUAAUGGAGGGGGGAGUACUUCAUUGGACUUUAAUUUUAUAAGACGUUGAUCACUUUUGAUUUUAUCCUGCAAAAUAUUGCUGUGUAAUUAGAAAUGCUAAAACAAAGAUAGAACUUUUCAAAUAUACAGACAUCACAUGAUAAUAAAUUUGUUGAGUUUCUGUUGGAUCUCAUUCAGAAGGAACAAUUGCAAGGCGAUGUGUUUAUAAUCCCGUGUUUUUGCCUGCCUUUAAAUAGUAUGCAACCUCUGUGAUGCUUCCACUUUUGGAGCAUUGGUUCUUAUGACUGCAUUCUGUGAAAAAAUAUGGGAACACUCUCUGGUAAAUAAUCUUCCCUAAGGUUAUAUGGCAGCCAUUCCUAACCUGGCAUUUGGGAAGAUUAAAUGCAAUAGCUGAAAGACACCGGAUUACACUAAAUCUCUCCAAGUGGCCACCUCAGAGGAAAAUUCCUAUUUUAAUGAAACAUAGUUGGGUAGUCUUAAUUUAGGACUCACUAGCCCCAUGCUUGAAAUGCUUUGUUUUCCUAAAACAUAGAAUCAAACUCUGUAAAGCUGAUUACAUAUUAAAGUAGAACUCAUCUGAAGCCCUGUGAAAGGUAUAUUCUAACGCUUCCUUUCUCAAGCGGGUGUUUUGAAGAUGUGCUUGAUUUCAAUAAUGAUCAGAAAUGCUAGGCAUCAAAGUCAAAAAACAUUUGGAGAGCAUCAGCUGUUCUGUACUCUAUACAAAUGAAUUACACAUUGGAGUUCCUUUUGAUCCUGAAAAAAAGCUAUUCCUUUUACAGUAAUUUGCUUUAUUUUUCUAUCUGACAAUUUUUUUCCUCCAAUUCAACAAUAUUACCAACUUGUAAAACAGAUCAUGAAGUACCUGGCUUAAUAGCAAAUAGUGAUUGCUUUAUUGAAAUGAAUUUGAUUUUAGUUGAGCUGAACUGAUUUGAAAAAAGAUAACCUGCUGGGCUAUCAGGUUCCAUAACUGAGAUUAUAAACAUACUUACCUAUAAAAAGAAAAAGUAAGAGUUAUUUCAAAUGGCUAUAUGUUUGGGGUUAAAAAACCUCUGAUACUGCUGUUGAAAUAACAUUUUUCCUAUGUCAUAGUUCAGUGGAACAAAUGGUUCUUAUUUAUUUCUGCAUAUUAAGAUUUCUAUUAAAAGGCCAAGCUGAUUUCCUACAGAUGACACAUAAUUAUAAAUAAAUUAGUAAUUACUGUCCCCCAAAGAUUUUGUUACAAUUGCUUUUUUUAAAAAAUCCAACCUUUUGUUUCCAACAUUUUGUCAUUCUAUCAACCUUUUGUUGAUUUCCCUUGGACAAUACUAUCCACUAAUUAUUUUGUUGUACUUGUCAUAAAAAGGUUGUCAUGAGAUAUAAUUGUAUUUAUGUAUGUAAAUAAGUUUUAAAAGCUUCAUAAAACAUAUUGGUAAUGCUUGUAAGUAUUUGACAUUUUCCUCCUUCACAACACCUUUUCUAAAUUCACUUUUCUUAAAUACUGUAGAGAACUUCCUUCCAGCUUAAUUAUUUUAGGUUUUGAAAUGAACUGUUUUAGUUACUUUGUAAACAGUUAAAGCAUGGUUUUAUGUGACACAUUGAAAUAUCUUUGUUUUUGUUGUAGGAGAAUGUGCAAGCAACUGUGGGUUAUUUGUGGUAUUUGAAAAGUAGCAGACUCAAGUUAUAAAAAUGAAAUGUUUCAGGAGAUAUGAAGUGGUAAAUAUGAUGAGUGAACAACAUAAAUAGCAAAUUGGGCUGCUUUUGAGAAUUAUGUUAGAACACAUUAAUUCAACUUUUCCUGGGUGUAUUUAUGAUCAGCUUAUACUGUGUACAAGAAUUGGCACACCUUUACCUGAUCUGGUUAUAUAGGUCACUUUUAGAAGGGGUUCUCCCCAAACAAGAGUGUUUUCUUCCAUGGGGGAGAACAGUCCAUUUUUACCCACUCUACGAUGUCUCUAGUUGCAUAGGGCCUUCCACAUAACAAGGUCAAUGUAUCCAGAAGAAUUUAUUGUGAGUAGCAUGCAGAGCAGCUGGACUGUUGCAUUACUUCUACUGAAAACUUGCUUUCUUUGUACCAUAACUCUUCUGUACAUUCAAUAUUACAGUUAGUAUCAAUGACAAAUAAACUGUUUGAGAAGUA